AAUCUAUUUGAUUUGAUUUGAUUCCGUUUGAUUUCAACGAUUGAAUUAGAUCCAUUUGAAUUGAAAUUUAUCCAAAUCGAUUUUUAGUUGCACUAAAAACCAGCCCAUGCCCAUCCGACCACAUCCCUCUCCGUCUCAUCGGUUUCCAUUUAUAGAAAAUUUCCCUCAAAAAAGUAUCUUUUUAUCGUCCCCUUUGGUCCUUGGAUUCCGUACGUGUUUGAUCAGUUCUCCUGUCCUUUCGACGGGAAUAAACAUAUAUAGAAAGUACACAGUAAAGUUUACCUUCCGCUGGAAAUUUUACUUAUCCCUUUAUGCUGAUAUACGGGUUUUUCUUUUCUAUUAUUUUCAUUUAAUACAAGUACAAGCUUUAUGUUAAUUGGUUAUGAUGAGAUGAAUCUGAGCUGGGUUUUGGUUUUUGGUUCUUCUGGUGAUUUGAUUCGCUGUCUAGUUAGUUAAUUCUCGGAUUUUUGUGGGGCGAUGCGUUUUUUGGUUGAUUAGCUUUUUUGGCUUAUUCUCUGCAAUUAUUCUCUGCUGCUUACGGCCGCGAAAUUUUCUGAAUCUCUGAGGUCAGUUCUCAAAGUUCUUGUCUUUAUUUCUACUGUAUAAUUGACGCUAAUACAUAUACAUAUACCUGUUUAUCUUUUUAUCUGAGGGUGUGAAAGAAGGAAUGAGUAACUUCAUAUUAUGGGUAUUGCUGGGUUUUGUUUAAAAGAAUUGGGAGAAAGGGGUAGUUUAUGUGAACAAUUGAAAAUGAUUAUGGGAUUAUGGUAGCUGGUGCUCAAUACAAUAUGGUAGGAAUUUCCGGCAGUAGAUGAUUUGUUUUCGGGUCUUUAAAUAAGAUGGAUUACCCUUUUUCGAGUAAAGAGAAGGAUGCUGAAUAUUGGUCUUCACCAAGGGGUCAGAUGGAGGGUAUGGAUAUGACAUAUACGGAGAAUGGCACACAGAGCUCGACUUUGGAUGGUUCAUUUAGUAAUAUUGCGGAGCUCAUGAAUGUUGAUUCGAACGGUGGAUGGUGCUACAGCCCCAAUAGUGUGUCAGAUCACUUGUUUCCCUCUUUUGCCAUGUCGCCUCAUAGUUCGAUGUUUACAAAUUUUUUGCCCUUUGAUGGAUUGAACUUCGCAGAGCAGUAUAGUCCCGGUGUUCCCAUGGAAGAUGGUGACAUUGUGGGAAGUUUGUCUAGCAUGGGAGAUAGAAUGAUUUUUAGGCAGAUGAAUAACCAAUUACAUAUCCCAGGGGAUUCUGUUAAUGACGGGGUUGAUGUGAUCCAGAGGAGAAGCAAUAGCUCGGGCCAGCAGAAUGCGGUUGCUGAAAUAGUGCACAGUACAAUCCCUAGACUUCCUUCACAAUCCUUGGCUGAGAAAAUGCUCAAAGCAUUGUAUCUAUUCAAAGAAUUGUCUGGAGGGGGUAUUUUGGCACAAGUUUGGGUUCCAAUAAAGAAUGGGGAUGUGUACACCUUAAGCACCUGUGAGCAACCUUAUUUACUUGACCAGACACUUUCUGGAUAUCGUGAAGUGUCUAGAUUGUUUACUUUUGCAGCAGAAUCGGGACCAGGUUCUUUCCCAGGGCUUCCUGGUCGUGUCUUUACCUCGAAGAUGCCAGAGUGGACAUCCAAUGUUGUCUACUACAAUAAAGAAGAGUACUUGAGAGUAAAAUAUGCGGUUGAUCAUGAAGUCCGUGGAUCUGUUGCCUUACCUGUCUUUGAGGAUGAUUCACUUGAAAAUUCUUGUUGUGCAGUGCUAGAAUUUGUCACUGUGGAGGAGAAACCCAAUUUUGAUUCAGAGAUGGAAAAUGUUUGUCGUGCCCUCCAGGCGGUGAAUUUAAGGAGCACUGUACCCCGACUUCAAUCCCAGUCUCUCUCAAAGAAUCAAAGGGCAGCUUUAGCUGAGAUAACUGAUGUUUUACGAGCUGUUUGCCAUGCACACAGACUGCCUCUCGCUCUAACAUGGAUUCCCUGUAGUUAUAGAGAGGGGACAGAUGAUGACGCGAUAAGAGUACAAGUUAGAGGAUGCAAUUCAAGUUCUCACGAAAAAUGUAUACUAUGCAUUGCGAGUACAGCCUGUUAUGUGAAUGACAGUGCUAUGCAGGGAUUUUUGCAUGCAUGUAGGGAACAUUAUCUUCAGGAGGGACAAGGUAUUGCUGGGAAAGCUCUUCAAUCCAAUCACCCCUUUUUUUACCGUGAUGUAAAGGAAUACCACAUUAGUGAGUAUCCACUUGUUCAUCAUGCCCGGAAAUUCGGCCUAAAUGCUGCUGUUGCUAUUAGGUUAAGAAGUACGUAUACUGGUGAUGAUGACUUUAUACUAGAAUUAUUUCUCCCUGUCAACAUGAAAGGGAGUACUGAACAGCAGCUCUUGCUAAAUAAUCUCUCCAAUACAAUGCAAAGGAUCUCCAGGAGUUUGAGAACAGUGUCAGAUGCAGAAUUACUCGGGCUAGAUUCUAAGGUUGGGCUACAGAAUAAUGAAGUCCAAAACUUGCCACCGAGUACAUUAUUCAGGAGGAGCUCUGAACAGUCACUGAUAGAUGGAAAUUUAAACUCUGGUGAUCAAGUACCCCUAAAUGUAUCAGAUUCAAAGACUACUGGAAUAGAUGCCGAUGGUCCUCCUGACCAGACAAUAGCUGGAUCAAGGAGACGGAUGGAGAAGAAACGAAGCACAGCUGAGAAGCAUGUCAGUUUAAGUGUUCUUCAUCAAUACUUUUCUGGUAGCCUGAAGGAUGCAGCCAAAAGCAUUGGUGUGUGUCCAACUACACUCAAACGGAUAUGUAGACAACAUGGCAUCUCGAGAUGGCCAUCCCGCAAGAUAAACAAAGUGAAUCGUUCUUUGAGGAAAAUACAAAGCGUCCUCGACUCUGUUCAGGGAGUGGAAGGUGGACUGAAGUAUGAUCCAAACACUGGGGAGCUUGUGGCAGCAAGCUCUAACCAAGAUUUUUACCCGCAAAAAAGUGCUCUCUUCCACAGUAGAAGUCAAUCUGUCAGAAAUCCUGAUUCGAUUAUCCAGGGUGCAAUCCCAGCUCCUCCAUCUUGCACUGAUGUUGAGAGUGCAUCCGUGAAAAUGGAAGAAGGGUGUUUUGUGGACAAAUAUAAAGUGCCAAGGUCAAAUGUGUUCAGUCCAAACUCUUGCAGCACAGGAGAACGUAGAAUAAAUGUUCUUAUGCCAGAAAGCUGUGAUGUCUCCAAAUUGGCUGCACUAGAUACUGGGUCGUCCCAACCUGCUAGUCUGAACACCGUGCCUUGGAUGUCUUUUGGGAAAUUUCCACGAGAUCCUUUCCUUACUGGAGAAGGAUGCAAUCAACGGGAGCUAAAUAAUAGCAUGAAACAAGAGGCUUCUGAGUGUCACUUCUCUUCUCGAAGCUCAAUCUCCAUUGCCGCUGGUGAUGAUAUGAACACUAAGUUUAAAGGUGAUGUUGGGGUGGAUGGUGAUGCCGUUUUGGAAAAUAACCAGCCCACUUCCUCCGGAAUGACAGACUCAUCCACUGGGCCUGGCUUAACAAUGAAAGGGAGUUCAUCAAGCUCGAGAAGUGGUGGUGAAAGGAAGCAUUCUCAGACUGAGGCAAGCUGUGGAGAAAGUGGGGCAAAAAUUACAGUCAAAGCUACUUAUAAAGAAGAUACAGUCCGAUUCAAAUUCAAGCCUUCUGCUGGAUGUCUUCAACUAUAUGAAGAAAUAGCAAAGAGGUUCAAACUAAAUACAGGGCACUUCCAGAUCAAGUAUCUUGAUGAUGAAGAGGAAUGGGUGUUGUUGGUAAAUGAUUCUGAUUUGCAGGAGUGCCUCGAAAUAUUGGACUUCAUGGACACUCACAGUGUAAAGUUUGUUGUUCGUGAUAUACCUUGUGCCAUUGGGAGCUCAGGUGGAAGCAAUUGUUUCAUGGCAGGAGGCUCUUGAUCUGCUAUACACAGGUAUAAAUCUCUUUGCGGAACCUAAAUCACCUGGUUUUCUUACUGAUUCUAAUAGAGGUUUUCUUCUACUGACUGAAUGACUCAUACACAUCCAGCUUCGAUGGCAUUGAUGAUUUGUCACGGUUGAUUCCAGCAAGAGUCCCGCAUGAGAAACAAAGUAGACAAAAUGGAGUAACAUGGAUUGGAGAAAGGGGCCAUUUUUGAAUAUGCAUAUUGUCGGUUCUACACAUAGAAUAAUUGUUGACGCUGUAGUUGUUGGAAGAAAUAGGAUGCUCUAUGCACAGUAACCUAAACCGUGUGUACUGUAAUUUUGUAUAAGUUUAAAAUACAAAAACAUUUAGGAUGUAUAUUGUUUAUUUAAUAAAAAAAAUUGUCUGAUAUAAA